AUGUAUUUCGAUGGAGCCGCGCACCGUGACGGGGCUGGUGCAGGAGUUAUCUUUUAUACUCCUGAAUCAGAUAUAUUGCCACACUCUUUCACUUUAACAUGUCGGUGUUCAAACAAUGUGGUCGAAUAUCAGGCAUUGAUUCUUGGUCUGAAAACGGCCGUAGACAUGAAGCAGUUGCAUCUUAGGGUCUAUGGUGAUUCAAAAUUAGUGGUAAAUCAAUUUCUUGGUAUUUAUGAUGUCAAGAAACUUGAAUUGAUCCCAUAUUAUAAGUAUGCAAGACAACUCAUGGGAUAUCUAGAUAAUCUCACUAUAGAACAUAUCCCUAGGAAUUUCAACCAACAAGCUGACUCUUUGGCAAGGUUGGCGUCCAUGAUCACUCAACCUUCUCAUCGAAAUCAAAUUUCAAUAUGUCAAAGUUGGGUCAUACCUCCGAUGUUUGAUGAAGAAGAUGAUGCGACCCCAUACGCACUUGUUUACGGUAUUGAAGCUGUUCUUCCACUUGAGUGUCAAAUAUCUUCGCUAAGAAUUGCAAUUCAAGAAGGGUUCAGUGAAGAAGAUAAUGUUCGUCUUCGCCUUGAGGAGUUAGAAACACUCGACGAAAAGAGAUUGGAAGCUCAGCAACGGAUUGAGUGCUAUCAGGCUCGCCUUUCAAAAGCAUUCAAUAAGCACGUUCGACCUCGCUCUUUCCAAAUUGGAGAGUUAGUGCUUGCCGUUCGGAGACCAAUCAUUCUCACUCAUGGCGGACAAAAAAAGUUUACUCCUAAGUGGGAUGGUCCAUAUGUCGUUCGAGAAGUAUAUACAAAUGGCUCAUACAAGUUGGUUGCUGAAGAUGGAUUAAGGGUUGGCCCCAUCAAUGGCAAAUACCUAAAAAGGUACUAUGCGUAA